AUGUCAUUUGCAAAAAAUUUCAUUCGACCCAAAUUUACAUUAACAACUACUACAUUACCUCUUGAAAUUUUAAAAUUUCAAACUUUCAGUAAUAAAAAUUUUCAAAGAGGGGAACUUAGUAAUAGUUUUAUACAAAAAAGAUGGGCAACAAAAAAGGCAGGUGGUUCAACACAUAAUGGACGUGAUUCUGCUGGGAGAAGAUUAGGAGUAAAGAAAUUUGGUGAUGAAUAUGUUGAAAUUGGAAACAUAAUUGUAAGACAGAGAGGAACUCGAUUUCAUCCAGGAGAAAAUGUAAAAUGUGGAAAAGAUGAUACAUUAUAUGCGAUACAAUCAGGAUUUGUACGAUUUUAUAGGGAUCCCAAAAAACCAAAAAAAAGAUUAGUAGGGAUAGUUUUUGAUCGUAAUGAUAAAUUACCUAGAUUACCGACUGAGCCAAGAUCACGUAAAUUUGAGUUUAUUGAUUUAGUGUCAUAUAGGAAUGAGUUGAAAUUAUCAAGAGAAAAGGCGGCAUCAAAAAAACUUGAAAAUUAA